AUGGCGAAUCUUCGACUUGGCGCUGCCUUGGGCGCAGUCGCCGUGACCUUCUUGGUGUUCCUGCAGUUGAUUGCCGUGAUGCAGCACGCGGAUCAAGUACCUGUAUCGAGCUUCAACAAAAACCUCAAUCACUGGAGAAACAGAGCGGGUGCAGCGACAGAUGAUGGUCUGUUUCUCGUGGGCGCAGGCAAGGCAGACGUGACUGGCCCUGUCGUCGAAGUAGACUUCAACGGCUAUGCCAGUCUAGACCAGCUAGGCACAGGCCUGCGACAGAGAAUCUACUCUCGUUCCUUCAUCUUUGCAGACCCCAAAAACCCUGACAACACCUUCAUCUAUCUGGUUCUCGACACACUUGCCGGCGAUACCGCCGUGAGGCACGGCGUCCUGCAGGGACUCGCUGCGCUUGGCGGUGAUUAUGCGCGCUAUGGCGAGCACAACGUUGCGCUGACGGGGACGCACUCCCACUCUGGUCCUGGUGCAUGGAUGAACUACUUGCUGCCACAGAUCCCGACCAAAGGAUUUGACAAGCAGAGCUAUCAAGCAAUUGUAGAUGGUACUAUCUUGUCCAUCAAGCGUGCGCAUGAGAGUUUGACUCCUGGACGCCUUUCUUUUGGGUCAAUCAAUCUGGAAGACGCCAAUGUCAAUCGCAGCCCCUACUCUUAUGACCAUAACCCCGAGGAAGAGAAAGCGAAGUACUCGGCCAAUGUGGACAAAACGCUGACUCUCUUGCGCUUCAACCGCGAGUCUGACAACAAGACUACAGCCGUGUUGACCUGGUUCCCAGUCCAUGGCACGUCGAUGUACAACAACAACACCAUUGUCACUGGCGACAACAAGGGGGUCGCUGCAUAUCUCUUUGAACGGAGUGUGGAGAAUGACUCGCGCUUUGCCGACGGCGCUGUCAUCGGAUUCUCACAAUCCAACGUUGGCGACACGAGCCCGAACGUCGAGGGUGCGUGGUGCGAGGAUGGUUCGAACGUAAUGUGCACCUACUCAGAUAGUACUUGCGGUGGUUCAUCUUCACGUCGUUCGAGAGAUCUUUCCAGUGGUCUCUCUAGUCGUGCUACGGGUACGAAUGAGGCCUGUCACGGUCGGGGUCCCUUCUUCCGCGAGAAGGACAACGGUGCGAAGAGCUGCUUCGAAAUUGGCAAACGCCAGUAUUCAGCAGCCAAGGCUCUCUAUGGCCAGCUAAGCUCCGGGAGCACUGGCACUGCCCUAACCGGUAGCUCGGAUGUUCGCUCGUUCCAUGUAUACCAGGAUAUGAACGGCUACACGUUUCCGUCACCAUUCAACGGCAGCUCUUUGAAGACGUGUCCCGCCGCACUGGGAUACUCCUUCGCGGCGGGAACGACGGAUGGGCCGGGCGCUUUUGACUUCACACAGAAUGCGAGCGGUCCCGCUACGGAGAAUCCGUUGUGGAAGGUCGCUCGAGCAUUUAUCCAUCAGCCUUCCGCGGAGCAAGAAAAGUGCCAGGGAGCCAAAGACAUCCUCCUCGAUGUGGGAACUCUCACCGAACCCUAUGCCUGGGCUGCCGAUAUCGUGGAUAUCCAAGUUCUGCGAGUCGGCCAGCUCUUCAUCAUCGUGUCUACAAGCGAAGCCACGACAAUGUCUGGACGUCGCUGGAAGGCGGCCAUCACGCAAGCUGCUAAGGACACCCUCUCCGUGUCAAACCCACAGGUUGUGCUGGGCGCUCCAUCCAAUAGUUACGCGCACUAUGUCACGACUGAGGAGGAGUACAACGUUCAGCGCUACGAGGGUGCCUCCACCCUCUAUGGUCCCAGCACUCUUGCCGCCUACAUCAAUCUCACCCUCACGUACCUCCCCUAUCUGGGCAGUGCCUCUGAUAUCGCCGAGUUACCGACGAUUCCGACAGGCCCUAGUCCACCUAUUAACACCAACAACUCACUCAGCUUCAUCACGGGUGUGGUCUACGACAAUGCUCCGAUCGGGAAGUCCUAUGGCGACGUCGUGUCCAACCCCGCACAAAAGACCUACGGACCCGGGGACUAUGUCAACACAACCUUUGUCGGCGCUAAUCCGCGCAACAAUCUCCACCAGGAGUCUACCUAUGCGGCCGUAGAGCGAAAGACGGACUCUGGGAGCUGGGAGGUUGUCCGGGAUGACCGCGACUGGAAUCUAGUCUUUAACUGGAAGCGCACGAACACCGUCCUUGGCUAUAGCGAGGUCACUCUGCAGUGGCAGAUUGAGGAUGACUACUACAGUGUGGAUGAUCCGAAUCCCGUACAGAGUGGCACGUAUCGGAUGCAUUACUAUGGGGAUUCGAAGAAUGUGCUUGGUCAGAUCUCGUCGUUUGAGGGAAUUGGGGGAACAUUUACCGUGAAGGCCUAG